AGCUUUCAAACUAUGUAGAAAGGAGUAGUGCGGUAGCUGCAGCAGUUCAUCAAGAGAAGCCAAGUGGUGGGCCGAGCCGUGGAGGAGCUACGAGAGAAGCAGCAAGAGAUCGAUAAGAUGGCGAUGCGGAAGGGGCCGUGGAGCGAGCAGGAGGACCUGCAACUGGUACGCAUUGUGGGCUUAUUCGGUGACCGUCGUUGGGAUUUCAUAGCCAAAGUCUCAGGUCUUAAUAGAACAGGCAAAAGUUGCAGGUUAAGGUGGGUAAACUACCUCCAUCCUGAUCUCAAACGCGGCCGCAUCACCCCGCAGGAGGAGCGCCUCAUCCUCGAGCUCCACUCUCGCUUGGGGAAUAGGUGGUCUCGGAUCGCCCGGAAGCUCCCAGGCCGCACCGAUAACGAGAUCAAGAACUACUGGAGGACUCAUACGAGAAAGAAGGCUCAAGAGCGGAAGAGGAAGCCGUGCCCGUCGUCGUCGCUCACCUAUAUCUCCGCCGCUCAAAUCGAGCUUCCGCCGGAAGUUGUGGCGGAGAGUAGUAGUACUUCGGCGCUCGGAGAGAUCAGUGAUGAUGCUGUCGAGGACUACUCCAUGGAUCAGAUCUGGAACGAGAUUGCGAUGCCUGACAUGAUCAGCGGGCUGAGCUUCGGGGAAUGCAAGGAUGAAGUCUAUGACGGUAUGUGUUCCGCAAUCCCUUCUCCUUUGUGGGAGUAUUGCUCUUACCCUCUGUGGAAGAUGGAUGAUGAGGACUUCCGGGCAUAUCACUAGCUACUGUACUACUCCUCAUCAUCUAAUUGAAUCUAUCAGGCUAAUUUCUCUUCAUAUAUAUAUAUAGAUGUGAAAUGAUUAUGAGGGAGACCACUGUGAUCAUUGAGCAAAUCUGCAGUGCAAUUGUUGGUCUUGGAUAGAAACCUAGAAACCUAUUUGUAUGUGUGAUUCAAAGCUCAUGUUGCUGUAGGGCUUAUUGUAUAAACUCCUACAAGUACUUUGGCUGUAGAGAAGAAAUAAACAGUCAUUCUGCUGUGAACAACAUGUGUGGCAUCUGUAAGACUGCUUGCUA